CACACCUCUGACAUCACCUGAGAGGCGUGUCUCGGUCGGUCAAACCCCGGCUCCGUGGGACCGGGAUGGCAGUUAAAGAAGCGCAGCCACACCCGCGGACAGGGCUCGGUAUCUGGGAGCAGUCAUGGCCGACAGGACGCGAUGCUUUCAGCCGCUCCUGCUGCUGUGUUUGCUGCACACCUGCGCGUCAGAGCAAGAUGGACGAGGCCUCACCGGUACGGAGACCAACGAUGGGGUUUGGGUCAGCUCCAUCGCCAAACAAGUCCUGAGCAGCCCCCUCACCACCGUCUUCCUCCCCAUCGUCUACAUCGUCGUCUUCGUCGUGGGGCUUCCCGCCAACGCCCUCGCCAUCUGGGUCUUCCUCUUCCGGACCAAGAAGAAGCACCCGUCCUCCAUCUACAUGGCCAACCUCGCCCUGGCCGACCUGCUCUUCGUCAUCUGGGUGCCCUUGAAGAUCGCGUACCACUUGAACGGCAACGACUGGAUCUACGGUGACGGACUCUGCAAGGUGCUGGUGGCGUUCUUCUACGGCAACAUGUACUGCUCCAUCGCCUUCAUCGCCUGCAUCAGCGUGCAGCGGUACUGGGCUGUGGUCUACCCGCUGUCCCACCACCAGAAGGCCAACUCUGUGGCCAUCGGCGUCUCCGUCGCCAUCUGGGUGACGGUCUGGCUUAUCACGAUCCCGCUCUACCUCUACGACCAAGAGGUCCGCGUGAGCAACAUGGGAAUCCUCACCUGCCACGACGUCACCAAACCCAGCCAGAAGAAAAUGGCGGCGGGCUACUUCCUGACGAUGGGGACUCUCGGUUUUGUCGCCCCCACCGUCGUCUGCAUCAUCUCCUACGUCCUCAUGCUCAAGGCCCUCAGAAACAGCAUGGCGGACCCAGCCAUCGCCAAGAGGCGUCGGAAGGCCGUGGUCCUGAUCGUCACGGUGCUGGUGAUGUUCCUGGUGUGCUUCGUCCCGAGCAACAUCAUGCUGCUGGUGCACUACAUCCUCCUUCUGGGCGGGGCGGAAAACAACCUGUACGGGUUCUACGUGUCCACGCUGUGCCUGGCGAGUCUCAACAGCUGCCUGGACCCGUUUGUGUACUACUUCAUCUCGGAGGACUUCAGGGAGCACGUGAAGAACACGUUCCUCUGCAGGAGCGAGCGGACGGUGGAGAGGAUGAGGGUCUCCUUCAGCGCACUAAAGUACUCCAAGAAGAGCAACAAGUACACGUCGGAGUCGGGGAACACGCAGAGCACCGAGUGCUGACUCAUCAUCUUUAUGGAUUUCUUUCAUGUGACUUCCUUUGUCUCUGUGAGGAAACUUUGAAGAUUCAUCUGUUUUUAAAAACCUCCUCGAAGCUUUGAGCUGUCUAAGUAAAUGUAAAUGCAGUUUUAUUUUUAUAUCUUGGAUAAUACAUCUGAUAUUUAAUAAGAAGUAUCCAUGCAGUUUUAUUGGUUUUCUUUGGGACGUGAAUUAUGUUUUGUUUUUUUAUUGUAUCUGAUCGUUUAGUCCAAGCUGAGAUUAAUUCUUUGUCAGAGUUUUGACGUGCCAAAAGUCUUAGCAUGUUGUGUGAUACAUGAUACAAGCUUGACAUGUGUUUGUAUAUCUCUAUUAUGUGUUUUUGAAGUAAUCGUUUCAAAGUGUGUCAAUAAAUGUAAAUGU